CGCUCUGGGGCGCGCCCCGCGGCGGCGGCGGCGGCGGCGGCGGCUCCCUGAGAGGCGGGAGAGCGCUUCUCGUCCAAAAAAAAGAAGAAAUAUAUAUUUUAAUUUUUUUGUUAAUUCUUCGCGGUGCGGCUGCGGGCGGCAUGGGGCUGCCGGCGCUGGAAUUCAGCGAGUGCUGCCUGGACAGCCCGCAGUUCCGGGAGCGGCUCCGCUCGCACGAGGCCGAGCUGGAGAAGACCAACAAGUUCAUCAAGGAGCUCAUCAAGGACGGGAAGUCGCUCAUCGUCGCCCUCAAGAAUCUGUCGUCGGCCAAGCGCAAGUUUGCGGAUUCCCUCAAUGAAUUUAAGUUCCGCUGCAUCGGCGAUGCUGAAACAGACGAUGAGAUCUGCAUAGCCAAGUCUCUGCAGGAGUUUGCCACGGUGCUGCGGAACCUGGAAGAUGAGCGGAUGCGGAUGAUUGAGAACGCCAGCGAGGUGCUGAUCACACCGCUGGAGAAGUUCCGCAAGGAGCAGAUUGGUGCUGCUAAGGAUGCCAAGAAGAAAUACGACAAGGAGACUGAGAAGUACUGUGGUGUCCUAGAAAAGCACUUAAACUUGUCUUCCAAGAAGAAGGAAUCCCAGCUCCAGGAGGCAGACAGCCAGGUGGACCUGGUUCGGCAGCAUUUCUACGAGGUCUCCCUGGAGUAUGUCUUCAAGGUGCAAGAGGUUCAGGAGAGGAAGAUGUUUGAGUUUGUGGAGCCUCUGCUGGCCUUUCUGCAAGGGCUUUUCACCUUCUACCACCACGGCUAUGAGCUUGCAAAGGACUUCAGUGACUUCAAGACAGAGCUGACCAUCAGCAUCCAGAAUACGAGGAAUCGCUUUGAAGGAACGAGGUCGGAGGUUGAAUCGCUGAUGAAGAAGAUGAAGGAGAAUCCUCACGAGCACAAAAACAUCAGUCCUUAUACCAUGGAGGGGUAUCUCUACGUCCAGGAGAAACGUCACUUUGGGACCUCCUGGGUGAAGCAUUACUGCACGUACCAGCGGGAAUCCAAGCGGAUAACCAUGGUGCCAUUUGACCAGAAAUCUGGAGGAAAAGGGGGAGAGGAUGAAGCCGUUAUCCUGAAAUCUUGCACACGACGGAAAACCGACUCCAUUGAGAAGAGGUUCUGCUUUGACGUGGAAGCCGUGGAUCGGCCUGGCGUGAUCACCAUGCAGGCGCUUUCGGAGGAGGACCGAAGGCUUUGGAUGGAGGCAAUGGACGGCCGGGAGCCGGUCUACAACUCGAACAAGGACAAUCAAAGCGAAGGCACUGCCCAGUUGGAUAAUAUCGGCUUCAGCAUAAUCAAGAAAUGCAUACACGCUGUUGAAACGAGAGGGAUCAAUGAGCAAGGACUCUACAGAAUUGUUGGAGUAAACUCUAGAGUUCAAAAGCUGUUGAGUAUAUUAAUGGAUCCAAAAACUGCCACUGAAACCGAAACUGAGAUCUGUGCAGAAUGGGAGAUAAAGACCAUCACCAGUGCCCUGAAAACGUACCUGAGAAUGCUUCCAGGGCCGCUCAUGAUGUACCAGUUUCAAAGGAGCUUCAUCAAAGCAGCAAAACUGGAGAAUCAGGAAUCCAGGGUGUCAGAGAUCCACAGCCUUGUUCAUCGGCUCCCGGAGAAAAACAGGCAGAUGCUGCACUUGCUCAUGAACCACUUGGCAAAAGUUGCAGAUAACCACAAGCAGAACCUGAUGACUGUUGCUAAUCUGGGUGUGGUGUUUGGGCCGACGCUGCUUCGACCCCAGGAGGAAACAGUCGCUGCCAUUAUGGACAUCAAGUUUCAGAAUAUUGUGAUUGAGAUUUUAAUAGAAAACCAUGAGAAGAUAUUUAACACCGUGCCGGAGACGCCGCCGUCGAACUCGCAGCUGCUGCUGUCCCGCAAGAAGAGCGCAGACUCGAAGCCCCCAUCGUGCAGUGAGCGGCCGCUCACCCUGUUCCACACCGCGCAGCCCAACGAGAAGCAGGAAAACAGGAACAGCAUCAUCAACUCCAGCCUGGAAUCCGUCAUCUCUUCAAAUGUAAACAGCUUCCUCAACUCCAACAGCGCGCCUCAAUCCAACCUGAACUCAAGUGAUCUCGAACUAGAAGUAAUUAAACCCAACAGGCCAAACUCACUCCCUCAGAAUCCAAGCCCAACGUCACCCCUCUCACCGUCCUGGCCCAUGUUCUCUGCGCCAUCAAGUCCUAUGCCCACCUCCUCUACGUCCAGCGACUCAUCCCCCAUCAGCUCACCACUGCGGAAAGCCCGAGCUUUGUACGCCUGCAAAGCAGAACACGACUCGGAGCUCUCCUUCACAGCGGGCACUGUGUUUGACAAUGUGCACCCAUCGCAGGAGCCCGGCUGGCUGGAAGGGACGCUCAACGGGAAGACCGGGCUCAUCCCUGAGAACUACGUGGAGUUCCUAUAGCUGGGCACGUGAGCGGGACUGCUGAGCGUCACCUGGUAUCCAUGCACCGCUUGGCCCUGCGUGCGCUGGGGGCGAAGGGCUCCCCAUGGCCAACAGUGUGGGUGCUGCUCCGUGCGCAGCGCUGCGUCCCCAGCCCGGAGCCCCCACCGCCACGAGGACAGCAGCGAAGCAGCGGCCUGCAGCUCUGGGGGAACGUCUGCAGACUGCUCUGAACCAGCACCGCUGUCCCCAUUGCUGCAGUGCUUGUGAGCUGCAAGGAGCACCAUCGGCCGCAGGCCCGGAGCCGACCUACGCUCUGCCCAGCGCAGGAGAAGCCUCAGCAGCCAGAAGCCCUCAGCCGGCCCGCAGCCCCCCGCUCUGCAGCAGUGCGGCGGCACCGAGCCCCCCUGCACCCUGCCUGGCUGGCGAGGGCGGGCGGCCAUCCCGGACCAACCCUUUUGACUGUUUUCUUUUGUUUUUAGGUCUAAGUUUACACAAGGUAAACAUCUGCAAUGCGUGCAGCCGGCGUUUCCUUCCUGCAGGGCGAGACGCAGCUCCGACAAAUCGCGCUCCCUUUGGCUGCUCCGUGUCUCCGCUCCUCGCUGCAGGGCACAGCCCCCUCCUGUGCUGCUCCCACCGCUGCUGUCCCUCAUCUGCUGUGCCAACCUGCACGGUGCUGCCUGUGUGAGGUAAAGGACGUGUGCCCAUGGGAUGCUCCUGGCUGGGGGAGCUGGCCUGCAGCCUGGGACAGCAAACUGCAGCUCUGUGCCCACCUUGGGAAGGACGCGGGUCCCUGCCGCACCUCUCACCCUUGGGUCCAUUUCCAGGAGGAGGGUGGGAGGGGGGCCCUGCAGAGCUGGACCUGCGGGGAGCUGGAGAUGGUUCUACUUUGUGAUAGAAAAUGGUGAAGGAAAAGCCAGCCCGUGGGCAGAGACCUGCGCGCGUGGUGGGAUGGGGUCUUUUUGUCCUUUUGUAAUAAUUUUAAAGCCUCUGAGUGACUGGAUUGCUGUAUGUACGUGUCACUUUUUAUUUUUGAAAGAAUUAAUGUAUAAAUAGAGAAUCUUAAAAUAUAAUGAGGGGAAGAUCUAUAUUAUUUGAUAUUUUUAGAAGAGCUGUAAGGAGAGGAGUGAAGGACAUUUGAAACCGGUGAUGGAAAAAGACGUUGCAAACACACCGACAUCCACAGACAGCCCUGGGCCUUGGCCUCUCUGUUUGCUUCCCUGUGUCACUGAGAAAUAGGGGAAGCUGAAAUUUCAGACCUCUUUAAAGUUCAUUCACAGUAAUUAAACUUCCUGGACUUUUCAGAAAAAAAAGAAAGACAAGGAAAAGUCAGGCUAUUCUUUUAAGUACUUUCCAGGGCUGUGGUGGUGCUGCCUGCCCUGCCAGACCCGAGGGCAGUGGCUCUGCUUCCCUUGACACUGCUUCUCCCUUCCCCAUUCUCAUUCCAUCCUUUCCCUCUUCCCAUCCCUGCCCAUCCAAGCAGUGGCAGCGGUGCCCCCCAACCCCAAGUGUGGGGAAGGACAGAGCGAGCACACCUGGGCCCCAGAUGGGGUUAAAUGGUGUGAGGCUGUGAAACAGAGUAAGGGAACAGUUAGGACAAAGGAAAAAGCCAGGCUGGCUGAAGCCUCUGGGAAGGAGCAAAGCUGCUGAUCUAAAAAACACACCCAACAACUGCAGCUCUUAAUUUGUAGUUGUGCACAUCACUGAGAAAGCCUCUUUUGCUAAUUCAUGUGAUUUUCUGAGGUGUCGGGUAGCCUGCAGGAGCGGCACGCACUGAGGAUGCUCCAGGCACUGCCAGGGGCUGCUGCAGUGGGAAUGGGGUUGUCACUGGUCCUGUGGGGUUCUGCAGUAGCGAUGCAGCUCCUCCUCUGCUCUGGGAGCAGCCGGCUCUGCCCGCGCCGUGCUGCAGCCCUGUGCUCCUUGGGGGUGGGCUGGCUGGUGUGGGUAUUUCGAGCUGCUGUUACUCAGGGAGAGCAACAAUUUCAGGCCCUGGCCAUGAAUUUUUCAGAUUCCCAUCUGUCUCAGCAGUCAGACAAAACAUCCUCCUGGUAAUUGUCUUGUCUCGAGAUGACUUCUGCUGAGCUCGGGGGCCUGAAUUGCAGCCCAGACCAUUACAGCUAAUUACAGCUGCGCGCGGCGGCAGCUCCCGGUGCUCUGCUCGCUGCUGUGGCACACAUGGGGAGCUGGGGGCUGCGUCCUCAGUGCCAGCUGCAGGCAGCUCCGCUGGUCCCACGGUGUGCUGUGAGGCUGUGUGGUGCUGCAAGGCUGCGUGCUGCUGUCUUCAGGGCUGCGUGGGGCUGCGUGGAGCAGCUGUGCUGAGCAGCCGUGGCCGUGCUGCAGGACAUCGUAGCACCACAGGGCUGUAACUCACACUGCUGUGUGUCUGCCUGCCAUGAAGGGUGAGAGAAACGCCUCUGCUGUGGGAAAGGGCUGAGCUCUAAUGCUGACGGAGAAGUUCUGUUAUAUUUAUUUCAGGGGCUGCCUGCCACUUUAUUCAGUAAACUGUAGCACUGGAAUUUUCCUUAGAAGAAUGAUGGCUCUGAUUUUAGUUUCACUUCUGCCGACAGCCUGGAAGAGGCUGUAAGUGAGGAUGGGAUGGAGAUACUCGUUAGGGGCUCCUGCUGCAGCCAGCUGAUGGCUCUGCUGACACAGAGGAGUUCCUCUGAGAGCUUUCACAGCACAAACCGAAGCAGCUCAAGGAGCAUCUGUGCAAGUCCCAGCCCUCCCUGGGCUUUCCCUUUAUCUCCCUGGGGUGGUGGUCACCUCUCAGCAUGAGUGUUGUCACUGCCUUUGUUCUGCUCCACCCAUGGCACAGCAUGGUUCUGGGCAGCAGUGGGACAGAAUGGGAACCCUGUGGGGCUGCAGUGGGUUCGGUGCCUCUGGGCAGUUCUGGCCCCACAGUGCAGGUUUCCCCGCCGCCCUCAUGGGCUGUAGGCUCAGCCUAAGGCCCCGCAGCUCACUGCAGAAGAGGCAGAGCACUGGGAGCCCAGCAGGAAGGCACGGCACUGCAGAAAGAGGCUGCAGGAGCUGAGGGCUCACAGACACGGGGCAGUAACACGCAGUGCUUCGUGCAAUCUGCAUUUCACUGUUGGAUGACCAAAGGCAGAGCGUGCUCCAUGCAAAGCCCGUUGGGAGCAGCACAAUAGACAGCCCUUGUACAGAGCUGGAAAACCAGCACUGUCCUUUGCCACAGGACAGUGCAGGGGGUCUCUGUGUCCCACAUCCCAGAGGUGACAGCCAUGGCCUUCUGCCUCUGAGCUCCAAACUGCCUGGCUCUGGGAGCUCACCCCAGCCCAGCUCCUUGUCUGGGCUGCUCCAAAGGAAUGAUUGAAAUAGCACAAAUCUUGUGAUUCUGAUGCUCUGCGGAGCAGCUCACGGUAAAUGACAGCAGGCCUGGAAUAGCACUCAGUAAUAAAACCCACAGACCAGAAAUAUCUCCUGACGGGGCUGCCUGGAAUGGGUUGUGCAUGCGGUGUGUCUGCGAAUGUGUCCGGGCUGCAGGACACAGAAACACACAGAGAGCAGAGCUGGGCUCCUGCUCAGGACUGGGAACCCGAUUUCCCUGUCUGCACGGGAGCUGCUUUCCACUGUGGAAUGGCGUCGGGGGGCAGUGCUGCAUUUCCAGCCCAUGCUGUCCCCCCCCACCAUCACAGGGCAGCCCAGAGGCACCUCCUGCAUGGGACGGGAUUUGCUUUUCCUACCAUUCAUUCUUCUUUCCCAGCAGCACUUCAUCCUUGUGCCCGCAUCGGAGCAGCGGACGGCAGCAGAGCAAGGAAAGCAAUAGCAGCCCUCAGAAUCAGCGCUGUGUGCCUGCUGGGAUGGUGAUGGCUCCCCAGUUCCCCUCGCUCAGGGCACUUCCACAGCUGCGAUGUCAGUGCUGGAGGAGGGGCAGGGGGGUCUGAUGGCAGAGCUGAGCACACCUGGUGUUGUAACCCCUGAGCUGGGUUGGUUUAAGGCAAAUUAACAGAGGAGCGUCACCUGUGCUGAAGGGACAGCUUCUGCUUAGAAAAUGAACGGUAUUUUAAUUAUUCUAAUGAACCAGAAACCUCAAAGCAAUUAUACUUGGUACAUUUGGGCUAAUUUGAUUUUUUAAGUUAGAAAUACUUAGGUUUUGUUUUUUUUUUUUUCCCCUAAAAAACAGGUGUUCCAGCUCUCUUGUGUGUGUGGAGCUGGGACCCCCAGACAUGCCACAGAGCAGUGGUAAUACAGCACAGCUGCUGGCAGCUCACCAGGCAGCACCUGCUAUCACCCAUUAUGAAUGCUCCCUCUGCUAAUGAAGGCAGUUCUGCUCCUAAACCUCAGACAAAGAUGCUCAGAAAGUAGCACCUGGGCUCUAAAACUCGAUGACGCACUCAGGAAGGGGGAAGAGCUGUGGGUACCAGGGGCAGCCGGGAGGGCCCAGCCCUUCACAGUGCUUUGAGCACACGCUGCUCAUGGAGGGCCCUGCAGUCUGCCCACAGAGCGCACUUUCCCCCUGCCACGGCUGCACAAAAAGCGAGCGGUGGCCAUGGGAUGGGAAAAGCAGUGUUUGUAGAGCAGCAUGAAUUAGGCCAUAGAAAGGAUAAGGGGCAAAACCAUUGUACUUCUGGCAAGGGGCACAAACUACUGGCAUAUUGUUUUGGCAGAUAGUGCUCCUUAAUGGCUUAUUGGACCAAUGUGAUCCUUGCAGAGCUCCUGAUCCCCUCGGCACACCCUGCUCCUCCCAGUUCAUAGAAUCACAGAAUUGUUCACUUCUGCUGUGUGUUGGAGGGGUGGGCUGUGCAGGUGUGCGGCCGCAGGAGCGCUGCGUGGGGCUUAGGAGCACACAUGUGCUCCUCUGCUAAUGUGUGAGAUACAAACACGUCCCUGAGCAGCAGUACAUCCAGCGGCGGCAGGGAUAAGUGCAAAUACACCUCGUGCCGCUACAGAGCUCAGCCCCGUGGUGCCCCAGGGAUCGGGGUCUGUCUCUGGGCCGUGGCAGCUCAGCCUCCCCUCCUCCGCCUCGCCGGGCACAACGGGCACUUCUGCGGAGCCAAGCCCCUCCCGCAGGAAGCAUCGCCCCAUCCCGUCACAUUAGCGAUGCAAUUAGCGGCCGCGUUAAAUGCCGCGUCAGCAGUUUCUCCUCGCCCUAUUCAUGCGGUUUAAUCUUGAACCAACAGAGCCUAUAAUUAGAAGGGUUCCACUUACUUGUUAUUUUUUAAACUUAAAGCUCCCUGCGGUGACCUCAGGGAAUAUCCUUAAUUACAAUGUGGAUCUGUGCCACAGCCGACAGCGCAGCGGAAGGAGAAUGGACCUCCGCAGGUCCUGCUGACUGCAGGUUCCUUCCUGUACCCGGAGGUCUGAGCAUCUCCAUGCCUUGUGCUGGGGUUCCCACUCGGCUGUGCUCUGGACAUCCCCACUCACUCCUGGGUUCACUCUGAGAUGUGUUCUGGAGGAGCUGCUGCCCAGUGGUGGCGAUGCCCCGGGGGCUGAGGGCUGGGACACCCAAAUGUCAGCGCUAUAAAAACAGCAUUUAAUGGCAUCUUGUCCAAACCGCUCUCAAAUUCUGUCGUUUUAUGGGGAUAGCGUGUACAAAACAAAGCAAGGCCAUCACAGAUCUCAGGCUCACGCUGGGUUCCAUCUGGGUUUCCUGGAAGAUGGAGAUGGAUGCCCAGUGAGUGUGGCACCGCGCCCGGCCCCACGCUGCUGGGAGCCAUCCUGACACCUCUGGGUGAGGAGCUGAGCAGCGCAGUGAGACACAGGGGACACUUGGGGACCUCCGGUGAGCGCCACGCUCUGCCAGGCAGCGCAGCACAGCAGGCCAUGCUGCAGUGCUGUGGGCAGGAGGCAGUUAUUUCACCUAAGGUCCGACGUGUCCCUUAAAGUGUCUUUUCACCACCGUCACACAAAUUAAUGCCGUUGCCGUCAAUCCCGCUCUCGUGUUGCCUCCAACCCCGGCCUACAGACGUGAAGCAUGGGAAGAACGAAAGCCAAAUUUAUGUAACUCUUUGUUCUGAUGGCAAACAAUCCCCAUUGACCGUACCCUGCUGGGAAGCUGGCAUUUUAUGCUGCAAUUAAAGCCGAUUUUAUUACACGGCUGAUCUUACACUGCUAUUCAAUGGGGCAAAGGAGGGGCCGUGCUGAGAGCAGCACACCCGCAGCUCCGCUGAGCGACGGCGGGACGGAGCGCUGCACUGACAGCUGCAGCAGCGGUGACACAGCCCCAUCCCACAGCCAACGUGGGGCACAGACCGCUUCGACUGGGGCUCCCAACCCGAAAAUGGGAGUUAGAACCUCAGUGGCAAGGACUGGAAAAUGCAAGUCAUGAUUUCCAAUUUAAAACGCUCCUCCGAACGCAAUUAGCAGAAAUUCUCUCACUCGGGAACUUAACUGCAGCAGCAAUCAGCUUUCCUAUAAAUACUGUGUGCGUGUGAGGAGCGCAGUGACAACGUGAGGGAACCCACCCAGGAACACGGCGACAAUUCCACAGAGGCAUUUUGGAGCCAUUUAAUGAAAAAAGCAGAAUUUUAUUGUAUGGUUUCUGUCCAUUACUCGGCAUUGCUGUAAAUGGCUCACAUUUACUGCAACUUCUGUACAGAUGUGUGGCUUUGUAUUACCAGAACAGCAAAUUUAAAUGAAAAAAUAAAUGCUCAACAAUUCCACACAAGCUUUUACAGUCCAACAUUUCACUGAGUCGGUGAAAACUACAGACUUGUUACUACAGAAUUAUUCAGCAUGAAUAAAAAACUACAACUUUCAUUUUUAAACAGGAGUCACUGGUUUAAUUUUAUUUUUUUAUGCUGUUUAAAAUUACUGUGAUAAAAAUAAUGAUUUUUUUUUUUGUAAUAAUGCCAUACACCGGUACGAUAUAGGAUUUGUCCCCGUUAUAUAUCUUUCUUUGAAUAUACAAAAUAGAGUACUGACACACGGCCGACGCAGCUGUCCCGCGCUUGGUGGAGGCGGGGUGUUUCGCGCUCAGCCUCCCCAGCACCCACGCCUCCCAUCCUCGGGAGCGGCUCCGCUCCUUCCCCCCGCGUUUGGUUCCUAUGUGACACCGAAAGCAGCCGCAGGGUCUGCGCGGUGCCGGGCCGCGGCACGCCGACGGCGCUCCCCCAGAGCCGCGGCCCCAGCCCUCGCCCGGCGCUACGGAGCGGGAGCGGGCUGACCCUCACCCAGGCACUUCCUCCUAUUCCUGACCUGUCGUAGCAAAAAGGGCAAGGGCGUUUUGAAGCCCAACACGGCACCGGCCCCCGGCGCAUCCCCGCUGCCCUCCUUAAGGCCGCUCCUGUCGCCCCGUGCAGCCCCGAGCGCGACGCCCCGCGCGGACGCACGCACCGUGAUAAGGCACUGAAGGGACACAAGUCGCCAUUCUCCCUGCUUUACCCAGAGUGCAGAUUCUGCCCAGUGCUACAGGACUAUGACACACACCACACGUACUCCUCACUGCUCACCAAACACGACGCGUUUGUAACCGUGACGCUUCCAACUCAACAGCGCGUGCAGCGUGGAUGCCACCUCCGAACACCACAGCUGCCUUCUUUCCUUACGCUCGCGAACCGAAAGGAACCUGCAGGCACACGGAGCAGAGGGGCGGCAGCCUCUCCUCUCCUUUCCUCUCCUCUGUUACCGCCUCUCUCGCGACGACAACGAUUUGUUCACAUUCACUGUAGUUAAUUCUCUGCUGGGGGGAGGAGGGGGAAAUAAACCAGAGAAAGAAGAAAAAAGAAAAAAAGCGAAGGCCAAAAAAACCAGACCGAAAGAAAGCAGAAGCAGCGUCUGCGCACGCCAACUCUGCAGAAGGGCUGCACGCACCGCCUGCACACGGAGCUGCAAUGGUGGACCUCCAGCAGAGCUCUGCCAGAGCGCAGCGCCGCAGUGUGCAUCCCCAGGGCUGAGGGGCCCAGAGCCGCCCCCCAGCACUGCAGGGCACCUAAAACUGCCAUAAAAUGUACGUGUUUUGUACAGAUCAUUCAAAGAGAGGAGAAGAAUUUUUGUUUUUUAUUAAAGAUGAUAUUUUACUCCAAAGUACUGAAUAUAGCAUCUUUUUCUUUCAUAGGUAUAACAUUCAAAAAGGUUUAAGAAAGGAUGAAAAUCGAGUUUCCUAUCUCGCUCGGAAACGAGCUUCUGCUGAACGGCAGAAAGGUACUGGUGUGUUGUGAACAACCUACGCUCUGUAUUUACAUAUUGCUGGUACCUUAUGCAUAUUAUUGCCCAAUGUUUCCAGCUGCUCUCGCUGCGGCGCGCGGCUGUCUACGAAGGGAGCCCAUCCGCUCAGGCGGAGGCGCGGAGGGGAGCGUUCCGCCCAAGGUCCGACUUGCGCUCUGACACAGUGAUUGGAGAAAUGCAAAUUCAACCUCAGAAACAGCCACUGAACACAGGUUUGUUUUUUGUUUCUUUCUGACAGAGUACUUCUUUGGAUGCUGAAUGUCAGUGCCUUCAGCACUACCUCCAGACAAAGCACGGCUGGCACGGGUUACCAUUCAGCACAUCCGUGACCCCUACAAAAAAUAUAAUUACAUGUAUCAUGAUAAAGCAAUCUGUCAUCUAAAAAUCAUCCUUAUUAUACACUAUACAAGCUAUUUUACAGUCAUUAAUAAAUUGCUUUUAAAGCUGCAGUAGCCCUUCCCUUCUUUUCUCAGAUCAGCGAAUAUACCGAUUAUACAUACUGGAAACUAUAACUAAAUACAAAAAUAUAUUAGGUUUUGUAUCUUCCCAGAUGAUUUUUCUCGUUGCUAUUACACAAAUAAUCGGGCCACUUUCAGUACAAAUCAAAUUUUAGAGUGGCUUGGUAAGUAUUUCAAUUUCGAGAUACAGAAAAUCGUUAAGGUGCAGGUAGAAAAGGCUACUACAGCUUCUAAACGUCUCAAAAUACAGCUACCCAUGGCAACGAGGAGAGAUUCACGAGACCUAUGGCAGAUUUAUGGCACGCUAGUCACUCGAUAGGAAGGGACGCAGCCGUACACAGACAAGGGCGGACGUACACCUGCGGGACCACGAAGCCGGCAGCGGAGCUCUCCUGCUCCCGAGGAGAAGGGCGAAGCAGAGGCGAGAGGCGGCGGCGCCGCGCGGGUUGCGGCCGCUGCGUGCGAGGUGCGGGCGGCGCCAGCGGAGCCAACAUCUCCGACGUGGCCCCGGGGCCGCGCGCCCGGAGCCCGGCGGCACAGAAGAGCGGAGCCGAAGCGCCGGGCGCAGGGAGGGGCGGCCUCUGCUCUGCCCCACGGCCGCCCUCCCGCGGGUCCUGCGCGGCGCUGGGGUCGGGGCGCGGAACGCGCGAGGUCCUCCGCGCAGAAGUAAACUUUUCUGAAGCUAUGCAUAUUUUCCUGAAGGUUUCCUGAUGGGCGGUCAGGACUGAUCUUCUUGGCAUCAACGCAGCCCGUGACUCUCGUAGUUAUGGCUGUUGCAUUAUAUGCAAAAAUCAGGCUUUUUGUUUUUAUAAUAUAUAAAAUAACCUGCUCGUUUACAUCCAGUUAGGACUGUGUUAAUUCGCUAUGAAUCUGCAUAUCCAACGCUUUUGUACAUUAUACCAAAAGUAUUUGUUUCAUUCACAUCUACUGAAAUUAGAUUUGAGAGUGUUCUCCCACCCACCCUGGCCCUUAAAAAAUGCCAAAUUUUACGGUCGCCUCGACAGUUGAAAGCUAUCAGGUUAGAAAACCCAACCCCUUUCCACACGAAUAUACUCAAGGAUGAACAUCUAGAGGUCAUUUAGGAAAGCUACGAGCUGCCCCGCCUUAAAAAACCAGCUGUACAAUAGGCAUCUUGAAGUAUUACAAAAAAAUUAUGUAAGAAAAAAUGAACAAGCCUCGUUCACGGUAUAUAAAGUGAAAGGAAAUUGCUAAAACCAGACAGUAAUAGCUAUAAAAGGCACAACUUCCCUUUUCUGAUAUACACUUGUAAACUUUCUUCAGGUUACAUGCAUAAACCAAAAUGCUACCUUAACUUUAAAAAAAAAAAAAGAAAAUCCAAAACGCAUUACUAAAAAAUAAAAU